AUGGAGGCCAAGUUUGAUGGGAAAUUGCAUCACUUCUUUGGUCCUGUGGUGUCUGAUUUGGGGAAAAGGAGCCUUGAAUGGGAUUUAAAUGAGUGGAGAUGGGAUGGUGAUUUGUUUUUGGCUGCACCUCUUAAUUCUGUGCCGUUGGAUUGUAAGAGCAGGAAGCUCUUUCCCGUAGGAUCGAACAACGGGGCAGCGGCUUCAAUCUGUUACCCGCCAUGCCUGGAAGAACUGAUGCCGGGCCCUGAGCGGGAGGAUAGGGAUUCAGAGAAAAAGAAGAGGAUUUUCGAUUUCGAAAAUGAAGAGGCCGGUGGAUCCCUUAAUCUGAAGCUUGGGGGACAAGUUUGUCCAGUCAUGGAAAGGGAGCUUCCAGACGAUGCCGCGGGUAAGAGCAGUAAAAAGCCGAAAGUUGUGGGCCCCCAGUCGAGUCGUGCCGUUUGUCAAGUUGAGGACUGCAAAGCAGAUUUGAGCAGUGCAAAGGAUUAUCACCGGCGGCAUAAAGUGUGUGAUGUACAUUCUAAGGCUACUUGUGCUUUAGUAGGCAAUGUUAUGCAGAGGUUUUGCCAGCAGUGUAGCAGGUUUCAUGUUCUAAAAGAGUUUGAUGAAGGCAAGAGGAGUUGCCGUAGGCGUCUAGCGGGACAUAACAAAAGGCGGAGGAAAACGCACCCUGAGAAUGUAGUGAAUGCAGCCACCAACAAUGACGAGCGGGCCAAUAGCUCUGAUCAAUCAAAAGAUCAGGAUCUGCUCUCUCAUCUUUUAAGUAACCUUGCGAAUCUUGCUGGUGCAACUAACGGUAGUAAUAAUGCUGGAUUCCCUGUAUCUCAGGACUUGCAAAACAUGGGAACUCAUCCGGCGCUUGGUCCAAAGGAUCUUAGUACGCCUACUGGGACUGUUGUGUCGAUACCCGCUUCUGAUUCGAAACAAAAAGGACUUCCAACAGAUGUAUCCAUUUCACUAUCUGCUUCAGUAGGAAGGACGAAACUGAAUAACAUCGACUUGAAUGAUACAUAUGAUGAUUCUCAAGACUGCACAGAAGAGCUUACAAAUGGCUAUGCACCAGAAAAAGUGGUUAACAUGCCUUGUACGGGCCCGCUAUGGUUGUAUAUGGAUUCUCAAAAAUCGAGUCCACCGCAGAUCAGUAGGAAUUCGGGUUCCACUUUUAGCCAGUCACCUUCUACAUCCAGUGGAGAGACACAGGUCCCAACUUAUCUUUUAUGGGUUUUUAGAGAAAAGAAUAAGAAAGUCAAAGUUAUUCUUGAUUGGCUGUCCAAUAGUCCUACUGAUGUAGAAAGCUACAUUCGUCCUGGUUGCAUUAUACUGACUAUAUAUAUACACAUGGAUAAAUCCAGCUGGGACGAGCUUUAUUGUGAUUUAGCAUCCAGUUUGAGGCGGCUUCUCAACUCAUCUACCGAUCCAUUCUGGAAAACGGGGUGGAUGUAUACUCGAGUGCAACAUCGUGCCACAUUUCUGUAUAAUGGCCAGCUUGUACUAGACACACCCUUACCUGUAAAAUACAAUCGAAACUGCAGAAUAUCAAGUAUAAAGCCAAUUGCUGUUACAGUUUCCGAGUCUGCUCAGUUUUUGGUCAAAGGAUUCUAUUUAUCUCGUUCUACCUUGAGGUUUCUGUGCACAUUGGAAGGAAAUUAUCUAGUUGAGGAAAAUUUUGCGGAUACAACUAGGGAAGCAGAUUCUUUCGAGGAGCAUGACGGGAUGCAGUCCUUUAGCUUCUCUUGCGUUAUACCAGAUAUAAUCGGAAGAGGAUUUAUUGAGGUCGAAGACCAUGGUCUGAACAGCAGCUUCUUCCCAUUCAUCGUGGCUGAAAAGGACGUGUGCUCUGAAAUUUGUAGCCUGGAAUCAAUAUUUGAGGGUGAUGAUGAUACUGAGGAAUCAGAUAUUAGAAAUCAAGCUUUGGAGUUUAUACACGAAAUGGGUUGGCUUCUCCACAGAAACCGACUAAAGUAUCGGCUAUCAGGUCAAAGCAUUGGUGGUAGUGACCUGAUGAAAUCGUUCUCAUUUGGACGCUUCAGAUGGUUGGUCGAGUUCUCAGUCGAUCAUGACUGGUGUGCAGUGGUCAGAAAGCUCUUGAAUAUUCUGUUUGAUGGCACGGUGGAUUUGGGACAAAAGGAUUCGAAUAAUUUAGAAAAGCUGCUGGAGAUCGGCCUUCUCCACCGGGCCGUGAGGAGAAAAUGCAGAUCCAUGGUGAAAUUUCUUUUGAGUUACCGCCCGAGUGAAGUUUCGGGCGAAACGGGAUCCUUACAGAAGCUAGCGGACGAGAGCCACCACUAUUUGUUCAGGACUGAUGCAGCUGGACCCGGUGGAUUGACUCCUCUUCAUAUAGCCGCCUGUCUUGAUAGCUGCGAGAGUGUGGUGGAUGCAUUGACUGAAGAUCUUGGACACGUGGGAAUUAAAGCAUGGAAAACUACUAGAGACAGCAGUGGACUAACGCCUCACGACUACGCACGCUUGCGUGGCCAUCACUCGUACAAUAAACUCGUUGACAUGAAACUCAACAACAAAUCGGAAAAGGAACAUGUCAUUUUAGACAUAUUCGAUAUAGGCAGCAUCACAACCCAGAAAACCGAGAAGGCAAGUAAUUUCGGUGCAGCCUUCGAAUGCGAGAACAAGAUGGCGACGAGUUGGCACAAUAAAGAGUGUGGGCCAUGCAGGGCCAAGAGGCUGUGGUUUAGCCACGGCAAGUGCUCAAUAGCAUCAUCACCGUCCUCGGUUAGGCUAUACCGGCCGGCAAUGGUGUCGAUGGUGGCCAUUGCUGCGGUUUGCGUGUGCACAGCUUUGCUUUUCAAGAGCUCGCCUCACGUGUUCUGUGUGCUCCUCCCCUUCCGGUGGGAGCUACUCAAGUACGGGUCCCAGUAG